GGGUGAUGACACGUGUUUCGGUGCCCAAUUGGCGGCUGCCGCGUACGUGUUGCAACGCGAGGCCCAUUAAAAUUCCAGCCCAACGGACUUACGGAGUACAUUACUAGUUUCCCUUCUUUUCCGGCAAAAGGAGCCCAGGACUGAUCGACUCCAAUACAACUACCCCGUAUAUACGUGGUCUAGUGCUCGAUGGAUCUCCGGCCGGCCAAUAGCUGGCGCGAUCUGGGAUCCAUGAAUCCAUCGAGCUCGCCGCCGCUGACAAUGGAGGAAAUCCACACCCCGAUCGACGAGCGCGCCCUCCGUAGGGCUUCGCUGGAACGCGUGCAGCGUCGGUUACGGGAAUACGACGCGAUGGAGUUACGGGAAUACAACGAGAGGGAGAACACGGCCAACCCCGAAGAAUCCCGGUCUCCAGCUGCCGCCGCCGCCGCCGCCGCCGCUGCUCGGAUCCAGAGCAUUGCAGAUACGCGCGCCGAACUAACGGCGGUCUGUGCACUGCUGCGACGCAUGGAGGAGCGUGCGAACUGGGAAGACGAGAGGGAACGGCGCGCCGGGGUCGGGUGGGAUUCCUGGCGGCGUCGUGUUGUUGUCCCCGCCGCCGCCGCGGCGAAGGAGCUCCAGACGACGAGGUUCGAAUACGGCGGCGGCGGAGCAGGGGACUGUUGUGCCGUCUGCAUGGAGGAUUAUAAGGCCGGGGACGAGCUGAGUGUCGUGCCGUGCUCCGGGAAGCAUAGGUUCCACCGGAGAUGCCUCGCCGCCUGGCUCGCCCGCAAGCGGAUCUGCCCGCUCUGCCGCCACGCGCUGCAGCCAAAAGAUUGAUAUGGAGAAAGUUUUUUUGUAGUUAUACAGAAUAGACGGCAACUAAUUACUUGGAUGUGCCAUGUGCGCAUCGUUUCCUCCGGGCAAUCUGCAAUCUAUAUAUACCAUCCAUAUACUGCAUCUUGUAUCCUCUAGUUCUAGUAUCCCACCUCGUAACUACCGCAUUCCGCUGAUCGCUAGUCGCUCUGUGAUUCCCAACUGCAUGUGAAGUAACGAAAGGUUGUCUUGAA